UGCAAGUGGAGACGAGUCGGGAAAUUUCCGCUUACAGACAAAGAAGCACAACUGACAGCGUUCAAUAAUGUUGUGAUGUCAUCAGAUGAGGACACUUCUCCACCCAUAAACUUGUAUUUCAUUGGUCAGCGUGAUGAUGUAAUAAAAGCUAACCGCUUUGUGACGAGUGUAAACGGCAGAGAUGUGCUGAUUCUUCACCACCAGGGGGAGCUUCAUGCUCUGGAUGCACGCUGCUACCAUGCUGGAGGUCCUCUACAGAACGGAGACAUUGAGGAGGUCGCAGGGCGUGUGUGUAUUGUGUGUCCGUGGCAUAAAUAUAAGAUCAGCGUGUGUGAUGGUGAAGGUAUGUACCAGGCUGUGGAUCCGACAGUGAAGCCUCUGAAACCACGCUGGUGCUCUAAAGGGGUCAAACAGAGAGUUCACAAGGUCACGGAGGUCAGAGGUCGUGUCUACAUCACCCUCAGCACCUCACCUGAGCACCUGGAGUCUGAUCAUUACCAGACCCCAAAUUAUACAGACAGAUUGCACAGGAACAGGAAGUGACGUCACAGGAACGGGUUUGCAGCCUUGCACUUGUUUCCUGUUUGCUCACACUUGCAGUAAUGGUGAGGUUAAAGGAUAUGGGACAUGAAACAUAAAAAGCACGCUAUAUCAGUUUCUUUCCAUUAAAAAUAUGAAUUAAUUGCAUCAACAAACACAAAAUCAUCUAUUAAAUUCAGCAAAAUCGUUAUAUUCGUGAUGAUUAUAUGGCAUUUCUGCUCGACUUCCGAUAUGCAUUUUUUGCAACCGGAAGAGCCGCUGUCACGUGAUCAUACGUCACAAAAACUUUCAGGCACAGCACAAGCGGGUAGAUGAAUGGAGAAGUGGAUGACAAGAAAAUUGUUUUUAUAGUCUUUAACGUACAUUGAACAUCAUGGUGUAUUGUGCUGCUUAUGGUUGCAAUAAUUCCAAUGGGAAAUGCCCUGGAGUAAGUUUUUUUGCAUUCCCCAAGGACCCGAAGCUGAGGAAAGUGUGGGCUCACCUGCGCAUGCGCAGUAGGCUUCGCGCAUGCGCAGUAGGCUUGGUAGGACAAAUCCAAGAGGUAGGAUAACUUUACAGAAGACCUGUUGAAAAAACUUUGCACCUACUGUUUCCCACAAACUGUGUUCGGACCAUUUCACUGAGGAUUCUUUCAACAUUAAUACUCAGGUACUGAGCGAUAUUAAUUCAUGAAACAGGAAACAGGAAGUAUAAGGAUGAGAAAAAAAAACAGUUUAAAUCGGGAAGCUGCACACAUUUGCACCAGGCUGCACAAAUAUGCGCAGCGUCCCGAUUUAAACUGUUUUUUUCUCAUCCUUAUACUUCAUGUUUCAUGAAUUAAUAUCACUAUUUUUUUAUUUAUUUUUUUAUCGGAUCUGCGCGAUUCAGCCGUGAAAAAGGCGGCAUCCGCCGAAAGGCGCGCUGUUUGCAUCCCUGCACGGAGGCCAGGGGACAGGGCAGGAAUAUUUUUGUUGAUAUGAGUGAUCCGGUGCGAUUUCGCGACCCCCCUGUUGAAGACCUCUGCGCUAAGCGACUGAAAGCCGAGGUAAGGAUUAGUAUUAUAAUUUUGGGUGUAUCAAUUAUUGAUUAUCAUAAUUCUGACUCGUUUCACCAUUUUGAAUGUUUUCAUCUCGGACUCUGGAAGCAUUGUAUCUCAAUCAAUCUCGAAAAAUAUCAGCAAAAAAAAACUAGCUUGCAACGGACUUUAGCUAGAUCUAUGAUGAACUUUCAAUGUAUGAUACAAAAAUAAUACUUCUUUCAACAGAUCAUUAGCCUUUGAGCAGAAUUGUUUUUAACUUACCAGGAAGUGUUAUCGAGCCGACCGCUUUCAGUUUCAUGGGGACUGAAUGAACUCUCACUCUCAGAAUCAUCUGACCCGUCAGAGUAAAGACAAGAUCCAUGUUCAUGUGAAUUUCCAGCUAUCGGUUCGAAUCGACAGGGUCUAACUUCACAUCUCUGUGAAACAUCGGGAAUGUCACUGUCGAUGGUGUCCAUUUCGGUAACCUGUUUACAUUAGAUUCCCAAGCGCUGGCUCCUUGGAAAGUUUUUGUGACGUCACGGGUCACGUGACCACCUAGCUCAUUAACGAAUCAUUGUUUUACGCUGAUGUAUAAAAAAGUUGAAUAAUGUGAUGAUUUUCACAUUUUUGACGCCCUGCAGUGAUUUAGAUGGCAUUUCUUAUGUCCUUUAUACAUAAUUAUGCCCAGAAUAAAAUGCAUGUCCCAUAUCCUUUAAAGGUCAUGUAGAUAAACUCAGCUCUGAGUGAACAUGAACAAGGAUGGUGUGAAAUGAAAGCGGAAGAGGAUCACUGUUCUGCUACUUUUUCCUUUAAUGCCAGCAUUUAUUUUCACCUGCAGGGUUUUAUUCCCAUCACAGCUGCAGUCUCAUCACAACAAUCUCUGAUUAUAAUCCUCAUCAUGUUGUGAUUUUGUCUGAAUAAAGGGGUAAAUAGCUCUUGGAGUGUCUUCAUGAAGUGUGUAAUGACAACAGGAAGUGAUUGGUUAAACAGGAAGUGAUCUGUUACACAUGUGCAGUAUGAUUAUACAUCACACAGCACAUGAACAGGAAGGAAUCAGAAAUCAUGUCAUGCUUCAAUGUGUUUCGUUUUCCCUUUAAUCAGUGUGUCAAGGAAAGAAUCGCAUCGUUUACAAAAUAAACAGAGUAACUCCGUCUCACUCUCGGUUCAGUUUUAUUCCAUAAUGCAGCUUUACUUUUUUUAAAUUUUAUUUUACAUAACUCUAUCCAUAGCAUAUAUAUAAAACUAACAUGGAAAGGGUUAGCACAACAGAGCUUGGCUCCAAAUUAAGUGCACCCUACAGAAAUCCACAUGUAGAUUCAGAUCCCUAACGAACACGUCAGAGGCGACACGAGGAAGAAACCCUGAGAGGAGCCAGACUCCUGAGGGAGCCCCUCCCUUCCUGGGCGUCACCGGCUCGUGUGAUGAUAAUGGUUACAGUGUCCAGGUGUAGAAGAGUAACCACACAGUGUGUUUACAGGAUGUUCAGAGCAUAGAAUGGAAUCCAUAAGUGGAAAAACAUCUCGAGGGAACAUUUCUGCUCCACGUGCACAAAUGUGGUCUCGCUCGUGAAGUUGAAUUUUGAGACUUUGGAGGUGGGGACAGUCUCUAAUGUCUCCACCCCUUUGAUUGAUCACUAAAGGCCAAUUUAUGCUGACAACCCAGUCCUCGCAGAUGGCGUCGCAGAUGGCGUCUGCGUAGCCCCCACCUUCGCAGACGCUCUGCGCGCACCUCCCAAAAAUUGUGAUCACCGCAGACAGCCACGCAGACAGCGUCGCAGACAAGAGGGCUCUGAUUGGUCCACUCUACAUCCGCUGUACACGCACUUCCGCUUCCCUACUUUCCCGGUUUGGUUUGUUUUCACUACCGCCAUUUUUAAAAACACGAGCGAAGAUGGAGCAGCACGAAGAGCGGUUGA